CAUCUUGUUUUUGAUGACAGGUAUUCGCGAGGAUGAAGAAGGAGCGACCCGACUUCCAGAAGAAAGUGACACUUGUUUGCGGGGACGUGGCCGAGCCAGAGCUGGGCUUGUGCGAGCUAGACAAGGAGCGCGUGAAGAGUGAGGUGACAGUUGUCAUCCACGGAGCGGCCACUGUGCGCUUCGACGAGACACUCAAAGUGGCCGUCGCCAUCAACAUAUUCGGCACUCAGCAGGUGCUCAAGCUAUGUCACUCGGCUCCCAAACUCAAGGCUUUCAUCCAUAUCUCUACAGCCUAUGCGAAUUGUCAAAUCAAGGAAAUAGAAGAAAGGAUCUAUGCUCCACCCAUUGAUGGCGAUAAAAUGAUACAACUGACUGAAUGCUUGCCCGAGCAAAUAAUAAACAAAUGCACUGAAGAUAUAAUCAAUGGAUGGCCAAACACAUAUGCAUUCACAAAACAAGUAGCUGAAGACGUUGUAAGAAUGUAUGGAAAGAGCUUACCUUCUGUGAUAUUUCGUCCAGCCAUUGUGGUGGGAUCGUGUGCUGAGCCGGUGCCAGGGUGGAUAGACAACGUGUACGGGCCGACAGGGGUGGUGGUGGGUGCGGGGUCUGGGCUCAUGCGCACCCUGCACGCUGACAAGAAGGUGGUUGCCAACCUGGUGCCCGUCGACCUCACCAUCAAUGCCGUCCUUGCUGCCACCUCUCAACUCAUCAAAUCUGGAGCGCAAGAAGAGAUUCCGGUGUACAACUUUGUAUCGUCAAGAUUGACGUGGGGCGAUUUUCUCAAAUACUAUCUGAAGCAUGGGAUAGAUGUGCCUUCUGUGAAGGCUGUAUACUAUUACACCAUGACCGUCACUACCAACAGACUCUUCUAUCUACUGAUGGUGCUGUUUCUACACUUGAUUCCAGCUGUAAUUGUUGAUGGAAUUUUAAUAGCAACCGCACAUAAGCCCCAAGCGUUGAAGAUUUACCAGAAAAUAUACAAAUUUUCAACUGUGAUAUCUUAUUUCGCCAAUAACCAAUGGAAAUUCCACAACGACCGUGUUAAGAGUCUGUGGUCAAAGAUGUCGGAUGGAGAUAGAAAAGAUUUCAAUUUCGACAUGGAAUCUGUGAAUUGGGACAAAUUCGCACAGGAUAAUGUGAGAGGCAUUCGUAUCUAUCUGUUCAAAGAUACACCCGACACGAUUCCGACCGGCAAACGUAAAAUGUUCUGGUGAGUAGCCAAUAUAAUG